AUGACAACCAGAAACCUCAAUCAAACCUGGAGAGAUGUCGUCUUCACCCAAUACGCCGCCGACUACCAAGCCGACGUGCCAUUCCCUGUCACCUACCUCAUCAACGUUCCUGAGUGGAAGCAAGAUAUUCUCAUAAAAAUCCCUAAGAAGAUCGAUCUCAAGACACUUCGCAAAUCCGUGCUCGACUUCUGCCGUGCCGCGCGAGGAGCUGAUCCAGUUUACGACGGCGAACAUAUCUCUAGCAAGAUGAUGUCCCAACAUAAGCUGGCACCAGCAGCACUGCUCCUGCUUGCAAAGGCUUGUAGCGCCUGGGACUUUGUCGUCUACCCCGAUAGUGGCUGCAACACCAACCCCCCGUCAGGCCACGAAAGCGGAAGCGGAGCAAGAGACUGUACUGCGGUUCCUGCCAAUCAUCGAAGCUUCGAACUGACCAGUUUCGGGAACUACAGGCUGUACUUUUACAGCUCGCAGGAUAAUUGCGACAAUGACGAGUGGGAGCAGUUCUACGAUAAUACCCAACAAGAUACCUGCAUUCCUCCUCAGUUCACCUGGGACUAUUACGUUGUUUCAAGUUAG